GCUCAGUAGAACAUGGACGCCUCGGAUGUAUGUGAAAGUCUAAUCGUCUGGCUAGGUACAAUUUCUAAUAUCGAGGCCCCUCAUGACUCACCAGCUGAUCUGUGUGACGGAGCGGCUGUUGCUGAAGCUCUGACCUCAAUAGCUCCAGAUUGGUUUGAUCAAGAAUGGUUGUCGCGAAUCAAGCGAGAUGUGGGAGACAAUUGGAGGCUGAAAGUUAGUAAUCUGAAGAAGAUAGUGAAAAGAGUGACCGAUUAUUAUGAACAGAUCUUGCAUCAACAGAUUGAGAGUCUUCAGAUGCCGGACGUCAAUCUUAUAGGUGAACAUGCUGAUACUAGUGAGUUGGGCCGUUUGUUACAACUCAUCUUAGGAUGUGCUGUUCAUUGUGAGAACAAGCAUGAGUACAUACAGAGAAUUAUGCAAUUGGAAGAAGAAGUGCAACAUGCAGUGAUGGGCGCAAUACAGGAACUUAUGCAAAAAGGGAUUCCUAGCACCGUUCCUGGUGAUGCGUACAAGCAGUUGGAAGAAGAGCAUCAUCACACUCUUCAGCAAUUGCACUCUGCAUUGGCUGAGCGAGAAGAGUUAGAGCAGCAGCGUUUUGAGCUAAAACUAGAGGUAGAGACACUAAAAGAAGAACGGAUCAGUUUGGUACAGGAAAGUGAGAGACUGACGAAGCAACUAAAGGAAAUCCACAACCCUGACAGUCCUGAUUCUCCUUAUGGCCAGAAACAGCAGCAGAUGCAUCGACAGCUAGAACAAUUGAAACAAGAGAAAUUUGAAAGAGAACACGAGAUUGAUGAUCAUCGGUUAAAACUUGGACUAUUGGAAAAGCAACUUAAUGAUUUACAGCAAAAAAAUGAAGAUUUACACAGCAUGGCAGAGCAGGCACAGCGAUGGAAAGAUGAAGUUGAUGAGUUAAGACACGAGGCUGUCAAAGUGGAGAAGUUGGAAUUGACACUCGAUUCGUAUAAAAAGAAAGUUGAGGAUACAUCCGAGUUACGUAAGCAAGUCAGAACACUCGAGGACAAGAACAGAACAUACAUGCAGCAGACUAUGGAACUGGAAGACGAAUUGAGAAAACUAGCGUCCGUUAAAAGUCAACUAGAAAGUUACAAAAAACAGGUGCAUCAGUUGGAUGUCGAACUUCGAGAGGAAAGGAAACAGAGCGACAAGGUAUCGUUUGAACUGAGAAGAGUGACGGAAUCGUUGGAGGAGGCCAACCAAGAAAACCAAAGACUUAUAGCAAAGAAUCGCCAGCUAAUGGAUCUGCAAGAUGAAAUAGAUCUCGGACACAGUGCACCUCACAUUACACACUCGCUUCCAUCUCCAACUUCAGCUGCACCGUUGUCGGCACAAGUUAUGGCUCCCCAGUUGGAGGAGAGAAUAACAGAGUUAGAAAGGGAGAACGAAAUGUUAAAGGCUAGACAGAGGUCACCGGUUUCCGAUGCUGAACAGCAAGUCCAGUUGUUGCAAAGCCAACUUGACGACGUGGCUCAAAUCAAUGGUAGGCUUGAACGUGAACUAAGGACAUCACAUCAGAAGGUGUAUGAACUUGAGACACAGAUAGGAUCUGCCGGCUCACAAGGAGCGAACCGCCAGCAACGUAUGGCACAGGAGGAAUUAGCAAGGAAAGCUACGGAGUUGCAUGAAGCAGAUAAGAGACUGAAGAGUGCCGCAGAUACGAUCAAUCAACUGCAGGACAAGGUAGCCACAACGGAAGAGGAGAAACGGUUGAUGGAAAAGAAAUACAAGAAAUACUUAGAUAAAGCAAAGAAGGUUAUUGAACAAUUGGGUGGGUCAACUGAAGCUAAAGCAGGACAGUCACCAAAGAUUGACUUGAUGCAACGGCAACUUGCUGAGAAGGACAAGAUGUAUGAAAGUCUGGAGCGUGAAUUUUGUCAGUAUAAGGAAAUGAGAGACAGAGAAGAGCGUUGCACUGUCAGUGCUUGGUAUAAUAUGGGUUUACAGCUACAACGUAGAGCAACCGAGGAGCGACUGGCUAGUUCAGCUGGUGUUUCUUUUCUGUCUCGUCAACGCCAUGCACUUAGCAAGCAAAAACACGUCGCUUCGGCGAAUCCUUUAGGUGAAAAGUGAUUUGACAGAGACUAGAAGAUGUGAAUGAAUUUAUUCAUAUGUGUACAUUCUUAGGUGCCACUUUCAUGAACUGGUGAUAUUAGACGCUUACGUAAGGCUCACGUUGUCUUUAACUGCACUACUAAACAAACUCGAUUGACUGUUUACAUUGAUAAGUUAAAUAAGUAACAAACGACGAAAUAUUAAUUGAUGGAUAUGUGUUCAUGAUAUACGUUCUACUCAACAGAAUGUGAUUGCUUUAUGUUUUGUCAUCUGGUAACCUGUGGUAUGAUCGA